GGAAAAGUCAUAUAAAAAAACGCUAUUUUAUUCUGAAAAAUGAACACUGAACAGGAUGUGCGUUGUCUAUGUAGAACCUGUAGAACACAGUGGGAGUUGAUGGAAAUUAAAUCCGCUUCUCACUUUCAAGUCAUUUCCCCAAUGAGGGAAUUGAAACGAGCCGGGAGGUCAAGGCCCUGAGGGGGAGAUGACAAAGGAAGAUGUUUCAGAGCCUAUUGAGGGAGACACUGUGCUGGGCCGGGCCUCUUCCUAUCAGCGGCCGGUUAUCCACCAGGUGGCUUCUGCACCCAUGCCCAGUGACUGUGAGUUCUCCUUCUUUGACCCCAGUGAGCCACAGUGCAAGGAGGUUCUUCUGGAUCCAAACACAACCAUACCAGAGCUGUUUGCUGUCCUCAGGCAGUGGGUGCCCCAGGUUCAGAAGUACAUUGAUCUCAUCGGCAAUGAGAUACUAAAGAGGGGCUGUGGUGUGAAUGACCGAGACGGUCUGACAGAUAUGAGCCUCCUGCACUACUGCUGCAAGGCCGGGGCUCCGGGCAUCGGUGAUGCAGAGACAGCAGCUGGAUUUGCCCGCCAGCUCCUUGCCAUGGGCGCUGAUCCCAACCUUCGCUCACGCUGGACUAACAUGAGGGCCCUGCACUAUGCUGCCUACUUCGACGUGCCCCAGCUUAUCCGGGUAGUGUUGCAGGCCUCCCAGCCUGGAGAGGUAGAUGCCACCUGUAGUGACUUUGACUUUGGCACCGCCCUGCACAUCGCUGCAUCCAACCUGUGCAUGUCAGCUGUCAAAUGUCUCUUGGAGCUGGGAGCCAACCCUGCUUUCAGAAAUGAAAAAGGGCAGUGCCCAGCAGACAUGGUUCCUGACCCCCUUGAUAUGCCCUUGGAAAUGGCAGAUGCAGCCGCCGUGGCCAAAGAACUUCAGACUUUGCUGAGACAGCCUUUACCCAGACCCAGCUCCCCUCUGCCCCUCACUCUGCAAGCCCAGUCCCUUCCUGUUCUCUCCGAUAAGGCCAGGAUACAGCUCGCCACCAUGGGAAUCCGACUAGGGGACCGUGUGGUGAUAGCGGGACAGAAGGUUGGAAGCCUGCGAUUCUGUGGCAGCACGGAGUUCUCUGGAGGCCUCUGGGCUGGGGUAGAACUAGACAAACCAGAGGGAAAGAACGAUGGCUCAGUAGCAGGGGUUCAGUAUUUCACCUGUCGCAUCAAACACGGAAUCUUUGCACCCCUAUCUAAGAUAAGCAAACCUUUGGAAAAACAUAAAACCAGCACCAGAAAGACGUCUACACCCGUACGCCCCCCUCGUCGCAUUGAUCUAUCCCGCAUCCCCUCCAAGAUAAACACAGGUGUUCUCUCCCAGUCUCUCUCCUCUUCGUCCUCUUCACUGGACUCUCGGCAUGGGCCAGGUGCCCGACCUCGUCCACUGCCAAGGCAACGUCCUUCUGCCAGGCAGCGAAGGGAGCGUGCUUCCCUGAGUCCCAGGACCACUCCGGCCCUGCGCUCUUCUCCUGACACCUCUGCACUUACUGCAGGUCUUCGAAGCCAAACCCCCUCAGCUAGUGGCUCUGUGUGUGGGGGCCCUGAGAUGCACCUGGGGGAGAGGGUGCUCGUGGUAGGCCAGAGAACUGGUGUAGUCAAAUUUUAUGGAAAGACCAGCUUUGCUCCAGGCCUCUGGUUGGGCAUUGAACUGGACAAGCCAAGUGGUAAGAAUGAUGGAUCAGUGGGAGGAGUGAGGUACUUUAGCUGCCCACCAAAACAUGGCGUCUUUGCUCCUCCGUCUCGUGUGCAAAGGAUCCAUGGGUCUGUUGAUUGCCUUUCAGAGCUCUCCUCCUCUCGCCUUAGUCAUUCUUUCAGCGGGACAAUCCGUCGCAGUUUCAGCACGUCAUCGGCUUUCGCCACCCAGAAGGAGACGAGCAGAAGUCCUGUUACCAGAAGUCGCUCCAACCCUCACCGUCGGCGCUGGAACACCCUAACUGGUGGUAUUGGCAGUGUUCCCAGGAGAACAGCAGGGUCCAGCCCCUUACCCAGCUCGGACGGACAGGUUUGCCUCCACGUGGGCAUGCAGGUCCUGCUCAGCAGUGCCAAUGACAUGGCAUUCAUACGUUAUCUGGGCACAGCAGACUUUGCCCCAGGCCUUUGGCUGGGUCUGGAGCUCCGGAGCUCCAAGGGUAAGAAUGACGGCUCUGUGGGUGGCCGCCGUUACUUCACCUGUCGACCUGGCCACGGUGUGCUGGUCCGUCCCAGCCGGGUCACCUACCGUGGUAUCAACGGUUCACGCUUGGUGAAUGAAAACAGCUAAGGAAUGUAGAAACCAGAGAGCGGAGGGUUGUUUUAACUUUCUGUUCAUGAUCUAUUCAAAGCAAAAGUAUUAAGUUUAAACUUUGCUUUUUUUGCAUUGCACAUUAUUUUCUAUUUGUAUAGUUAGUCCUAUGUACUCAUCCAGAGGUGUUGUAAGUAUCAGUACAGUAAUAAAACCAACUAUUAAUAGUUUGAAUUUAAAAUACUAGAUUACGUUUUUGGAACAAAAUAUAGGAUGCGAACAAGGCACUUUAAAAAAAAUUAACUUUAAAUUCAUAUUAGAAUUGUUCUUGAAAGGAUACAGGGGAAGAAAGUCUUAAUAGGACAUAAAACACUGCACUACUUCUAUUCUGAUUGCACUGAGAAAAAAUAUCAGUUAAGAUGAUUAGAUCAGAAUAAGAUACAGUUAAUGGUAUGGAUCUGCACACAAAAAAGGAUUUCUAAUUUUCAUUACAAAUCAAGUACAACUUUUUUUUAUUGGAUAAUUUAGGUGGUAAUGUAGCCUACUCCAAACUAACCAAAAGUGUGCAUGUGUUGUGAAUGUGUGCAUGUGUGUAUUAAUUAAUAGCACUUUUUUUUCAUUUUCUUUUUCAGGGUCGUAAUAUGGUUUACAGAUAAUUGAUGGUGUUAAGUCAAAACUGGAUUCUUACUUUAUGAUCAAUUGGAAUUAAACGGGAUUUAAUUAAGUAAAGACCUCGAUCAAGCUUCCUCAGAAUACAACAGCAUCAACAGAAGUUUUUUCCUCCUACAUAAAUCAGUCUCUGUCCAUUAACUCUACAUUGAUAAAUUAUGGUUAUUUUGUGCUAUGGGCAGCAAAUUCCUACCUAUUGCUUCUUUUGGCUGUGAUUCUGUUAGUGACAAACUGUUCAUCAUUAAGGCGGUAAUGCCAUUUAGUUAGUGUAUUAAACAACACAUUGAAGGUUGGAUUUUUGACAAUUGAAAGCCUGAUUAUAAACCAGACUUGUGUGUCUGGAUUCAAACCUUUUUUCCUUCUGACUAAGCAUCAGAGCAGUCAUGUUUUCCAUAUUUACAACCUGAAUUUGGAAACAAAAUCAAUGUGUGUAAUAUCUGCCCUGAGAGCUUUUCAGUACAGUAUGUAUUUACAUUUGUUGAAGACCAGAUUUCAGAGCAGUGGAUGUGGCAUAAUUGUAUUUGAUGCUUACUUAAAGCAGCUUGACGCAGGAAAUAUUCAAUCGUCCAGAAGUUUCAAGGAUGGAGUUUGCUAUUUGAUUAGAGCCGUCCGGGCAGCUCAGCAGGGAGCAAGCCAUUGAUUUGUGCAUGGGGAAAACAGGCCCGCUAUUCAGCAAAACUCUCAUGUACCAUCCAAUUAAGGUGUUGUGUAGGCCAUGACAAGAUCCUUAGAAUCUACAAUGACCUUCUCUCAUUGAUCUGUCCGGCCAGGCCCCCUGUGAUUGAAAAGCAGUAGUGGUCAGAGCCCAAGGUUGCCUGUAAUAUCUGCAACAGAUCUAACGGAUGAAUUGAGUGAGCGCUUUAAAAGCCCAAUCUUUCCAAAUUCCUAUUGGAACAUUUUAAUUAAAAAAAAGUUAUUUGCAUUAGGUCCAUCUCUGUGAUAAUUUCUGUGGUGUUCUACGUUUCAAAUGUCAUCUUUAGAUAAACUCACAUUUUGGUGUAUUUGCAGUCCAAAUUGUAUUACAGCAUGAGUGAUUUCAGAUUUCACUGAUUGGUAUGAAACGAUUUUUUCCGCUAUGUUCUUGUGGGUAAUAGUUUUUCAUUGGACUUCCAGAUGUAUAUUUGAAGUAUGAGUGUGUGAGAAAGGGAUUUGGUCUGAUGUAUUUACGUGUUGUGGAAAAUAAUUUGAAAAAAAAAAAAUUAAUAAAAGAUUAUAUUCUUAUUUGA